AUGCGUGUUUUGUCUCCAUUACGAGUUUCUGGAGAAACACAACAAGAAAUUAAAAAUGUUGCACUAUCAGAUUCAUCUAAUUCAAUCCCUGAAACACCAAGUAAGUUCUAUUAAAUUACACACAUGAUGAAGAAGAUUGCAUAUUUAUUUCUCUUUUUUAACAUAGAAUACUAAUCUUGUAAUUCUGUUUAACUAUUUAUUAUUUUCUAAUAGUUUUUGUGCACUUUUUGCAUAGUUAACAAUCAUCUGAACGAUUAUUGAGAUUAAUUUUGUUUUUAUAUUUUUAAGAAUUAUACUUGAAUUCAUAACUACAUUUUUAUUAGAAGUAUUUAGCAGAGAUGAAAAGAAAGUUUCUUAAGUGCAUUUUUAUGAUCGACCAAAUAUCUGUUUCUCCUUAUAUCGAUAUAUAGUUAUAGAACUCACUAUAAAUAUUAUAUAAGUGGUUAUAAAACAAAGAUAUUGAUUUUUUUAAAUUACGAACUUCUGUUGAGAAAGAAGAAAAAAAACGUGCAAAAACUUAAGGACCAGUUUAUGCAAUGCAAAGUAAAUCUAUUAUUCAUUUCAAUAUAUAAGAAUGGUGAAUAUUUUUUGAAUAGUUUUCGAUAGAAACUAGAUAGAGAUUUGCAGUUUUCAUCAUUUAAAAGAGGCAGUGAAAACUACAUUGAAUUACCAAUAUGAAAUUUUUCUGGUAACGUUUUUGGGAGUCUACCAUUAAGGGUUUUAGAAAACUGAAGCAUUUGAAUAGGUUUAAAAGAUGGAUUUUGUCAGAAAAAAUUCAAAUUUUUUCUUUCAAAAAUAUGUCAGAGAUAUUUAGGAAAAUCUUCAUAACACGUGAUGAGAUAAAUCUUUUAGCAUCCGAUUUACAGAGAUUAUUGAGCUUUCGUUAAUGACCCUCAUGCGCUACUAAAAACUAAGAUUUUAAAAGUGUUACAUUACGCAAUGUUUUGUUGCCGGAAAAAUCAUCAGAGGACCAUGAAAAAAGCGUGUCAGAGAAAUCUGGUAUUGGUUAUUCGUUGUAGUUUCACCGUUCCUUUUAAAUGGUGAAAACCGCAGAUCUCUAUUUAAUUUCCAUCAAAAAUACUCACCCUUCUUUUAUUUUGAAAUGGAUAAUAGUUCAAUCAAGCUACGAAUGUUUCGAUCUAUUUAUCAUAUGCUGUAGAUGCAACAAUCACUUCACUUCAUGUCAAAUCAUUUUCAAUAAUAUUAAGUAUUCUAUAUAUUAUAUCGAUUUUUUACUAAAAUCUUACAUAAUGAAUAUUAUAAUUCGAUAUCAUUUUAAAAAUUUUGUGUUUUAUGAAUGAUUCUAUCAAUCGAACUAAAAUUUUUCAUAUAUGUACAAGAGUUUCAUUAGAAAUAAUAGAAUCACUCAACAGACUGUAAAGAUUAUGUAUUCCGGCAUAAGUCUUCUUCUAAGUCCAUUUGACUCACAGUCUUCUUUCGCUGCGUAUUUAUCUGUUUUGAUGAAUUAUUCGAUGCAUUCUUUCAAAAUAGUCGACGCUAAAAACUACCCUCUUAUUAGUUUGAGCUGAUUAUGGCUAGAUUUUUUGCUGACAGUGUUUUUUAUUUAUGUGAUUGGAUUUCGUUCGUUUUACAUAGGUAGAUUUAGUAGUUGAAAUAAUCGAAUUACUUUUGAUAUGUCGUGAGUCAUAUAUUAUAAACUAAAAAACUUACAAUCUAAUAGAGUUUAUGAGGAGUCGCUACGAUCAUAAAUUCAAAAAAAGUAUUUAUUCACUAAGUAAUAAAUGAAAACGCAAGGCUUUAUUAUUCUUCAGUUCUUUUUAUAGUAGAGGAUGUGGAUGUGUUUACAGAGAAGAGCCGUACGAAUUCAAAAUGGACAGUGUCAUUUACCCCGUAUUGUACAUGACUGAAAAGUAUGAAAUUCAACUUUUUUUCACUGAAUACAGUACAAUACAUUAGAAUGCAAGUUCUACGAAUUCUAAUUGUUUCAACCAAUUUAUGAAGAUACAUAAUAGUACAUUACGAUCAGGGCUGCCAAACCUCCUGGUUUUGAAGCUUUUCACCUAGUCAAAAAUCUCCGGGUACCAGGAGCUGGUUUUUGGGAUUUUCUCCUGGUUUCUUCUGAUUUCUAAGUUUUCUUCUCGCCUUGACUUUUAGCGACAGUUUGAAUCACCAAAAUAAGAUAAGAAAACGAAAAAAAGAAGAGAAGAAGACAAGCAUCACACUAUUUGAUGAAUGUAGCAACUAGUGAGAAAAUAUGUUAAUUCUGUUGAUAUAUAUAAAACUAAAAUUAUCAAUUAACUCUCACAAAGGGUGCCCUAGUGAAGGUACUCAUAGGCGAGUACUCAAAAAGUACUCACGCUAGAAAAUGUCACGAGUACUCACGCAUUUUGAGUACUCAUCAGUAGUACUCCUGCUAGAAUCUGAGUAUCUGAGUACGACAGUCGAGUACUCGCUGUGUAAUAUUGAGUGUUUUGUGAGUACUACUAUCUAGUAUCUGUGUGCUCUGCUGACCUAUGUAAGAUGCUUAUAAGCAUAUUUUUGGUUAGUACCGUUGUACUACAUUAAUUUUUAUUUAAUAUUAAAAUACUACCAACAAACAGAGGACAUAAUGAAAGGUUGAGAAAAAUGAUCAACAUGAGAACGACAAAUUUGAUAUCAGUUUCAUAUAUUUUAACGUAAAGAUUACAGACAUAGAAAUCUUUAUUAGGAGCGAAGAAAUUUAAAUAUUUUCUGUAUUUACAUAUCAUAAAAAUACAAUUUUAUUUAUUCUUUUCAUUUUUCUUUCGAAAAAUAAAUAAAAACGUACUUUCAUUAUAUAAAAUAAAGAAAAAAGAAAUAUUUAAUUAUCUUCUCUAACAAUAAAAAUUUCUUUGUCUAUAUCCUAGAGAAUGAGAGUACAAUAAGACAUAAAUUAAGGACAGUAAAGUACACUGAAGCAGAAAAAUAAUAAAUUAAUCAACGACGAUGAGAAACGUGACAAUAAAUGAACGUACAGUAUUGCUUAUUACACUAGAAAACUAAACAGACAUUUUUAAAUCCAUCGCUAUUUACAAUUAUCAGGAAAUUUACAAAAAAAUAAAUACAAAAUAAAAUUAUUUGUCUAUAGUUUAUUAACACAUCUUCUUAUUUUAAAAUCGCGAUCGAUUUGUCACACAAUUUGCGAACUGCCUUGUGUUCCAUGAUAUUCUACAAUCAAUCUAAAAAAAUUGCAUUUUAAUGAAAGAAUUUUGGCCUAAGCUUAGGAAAUAAAAUAAAAACGAAUAUACAUUAAUAUAUUUAGAAAAAACUUAAUCUUUCCGAAGAAUUGAACAAAUGAAAAUGAAAAAUCAUUAUUCUUUUCUAUCUUAAAGUCACCAUUUGUUUCAUCCGUACAAAUGAUUCAUCCAAAAAAAAUAGAGUAUAAAAUAAAUAAUUUAUUCAAUUGCUUUUCUCUAUUUUUCAUUUUAUUACAUUAGUUUUUUUUAUUAUAUAGCUCCAAUUUAUUUUUUUAUAUGCUAAUGCAUAAGUGUUUUGCUAAAUAUUCUGCGAAACAACUAGCAUGAGUACGACUUUGAGUACUCAUCUGUCUGCCUAUGAGUAAAUUUUUGAAAAUACACUCGUACGAGUACUCAUUAGAGUACACGGAGAGUAAAAAUAUACAUAAAAUUCCUCGAGUACUCGCGUGAGUAAUAUGAGUACUCACGCUGGAAAGUCGUACUCGCUUGAUGAGUAUUUUCACUAGGGGGGUGUGGGUGUGGGUGUGGGUGUGGGUGGGGUGUGG